GCGUCCUUAAGAAUACAGAAGGAUUACAACCAAUCAGGGCAGGCAUGGCAAAGAUUUUUCUUAUUUUCAUCUUGACGGUGGGAGCUUGCGUAACUGCUGAGCCCCCAGCGGACAGAUCGUACUUACCACCAGGACAGGAAACGGGUGUUGCUUUCGCACGGACACAACCAUCAAACCAAUACGGGCUACCAUCAGGUGCCUCAAAUGGAUUCAGCGGAGAAAAUUACCCCUCGAGCCAAUAUGGUGCACCUUCAGCAAGAUCCAACGGAUUUGGCGGUUCUCCUUCCUCUCAGUACGGAGCUCCAUCAGCUUCUAAUGGAUUUGGUGGAUUUCCUUCAGCCUCGGGCAGAUUUGGUGAUGGUACUCCUUCUUCAAGAUAUAAUGCUCCAUCUGCAUCAGGUAGAUUUGGUAGUGGUACUCCUUCAGCCUCUGGCAGGUUCGGUGCCAGUCCACCUUCUUCACAAUACGGUGCACCUUCAGCUUCAAGCAGAUUUGGUGGGUCUUCCUUCGGUCACUACAGCGGUGGCCCUUCAAGUUCCGCGAGAUUUGGCGGAGUACCUUCAAAUCAAUAUGGCACUCCUUCAGCUUUUGGUAGCAAUGGUGCUUCUCCUUCAAUACAGUAUGGCACACCUUCAGGUUCGGGGCGAUUCGGAACUGCUCCAUCCAACCAAUAUGGUGCUCCUUCAGUGUUUGGCCGUAAUGGUGGCUCUCUUUCUACACAGUAUGGAGCUCCUUCAGAAAAUGGUGGAUUUGGUGGAACUGUGUCCGCCCAAUACAAUGCUCCUUUAGCUAUCGGUCGCAACGGAGCCCUUUCUGCAAACGGUGGAUUCGGUGGUGCACCUUCGGCCCAGUAUGGUACCCCUUCAUCUUUCGGUCCCUCUCCCUCCACUCAGCAUGGUGCUCCAUCAACUAAUGGCGGAUUUGGUAGCAAUCUCUCCUCCCGAUAUGGUGCUCCUUCCAGUGCGGCCAGACUUGGAGGCGUUAAUGGAGCAUCUGGUCAACAUAUUUCAAACGGUGGAUAUGAUUACUCUCGAGGAGUCAACGGAGGACAAGUAGACGAUCUCUCUGAACCGGCUAAUUACGAAUUUUCUUACGAGGUUAACGACCCUGAUUCUGGCAGCGAUUUCGGUCAUGUAGAGGACAGACAGGAUGAGGAAGCCAGGGGAACUUACUACGUCUUGCUUCCUGACGGGCGCAAGCAAAUCGUACAAUAUGAAGCGGAUGAAGAAGGUUAUAAACCAAUGAUCCGGUAUGAGGAAGCUCAAGGAGGCCAGGAUGAUUUCUCUGGACAGAGAGGGUACCCAGGAUCCACACAGAGAGGACAGGGACCUUAUUAAUUUCGUCACACCCAUAUCAAUCUCGCGCAUACCAUUUAACAUAAUAUUCUAUUUAAUUAUUUUUAUGUAACGUAUAUUUAGGUUCGCUAGUUAACGUUGUACAUAUGUAUAUCCAUUAUAUUUAUCGUGCAAAAUAAAUAAUGAAAAAUUAUAGUGAGUGUACCCGUGAUUUAGUGCUUUUUUUGCAACAUCUGUGUACUCAAUCUAGAAAAUAUAACCAUAUGAGAAAAAAUUCUAACAUAUGCUAUAUUCUAUAUCAAUUGAGAAGAAUUCUUGGAUAAAAAUUUAAGAGAGACAAAAAUAGCUCUUCUCGACAUCUCUCCCUUUUCUUAACUAUCCUAUUUAUUUAAUUUUACACGUGUAUAAAACGUCUUUAUACAAUAUGUAAUAUAAGAAAAUCUAUCACACCUUCACAGAAAAGGACCAAAUAUUGUGUAACUUGAACGCUAGA